AUGGACGCUCACGCCGAUCGCGACUUCGGCGACCCCACGCCCGCCACCAUGCAUACCGCGAUUACAACCAUCACCGAAGUUGUCAGCGCAGUCAGCAGCUUUAUCUUCAACUUCCUUACAUCGUUCCUCGCCAUCGUCUACUUUCUCGCGCUUUGGAUCCUGAACGUCAUUCUUGCCAUCACCUUUUCCGCCCAGCUCGCUUUCUACCACGGAUUCAAUUUGACGCUCCUGCCCCGGUAUCUCGACUUAGUUCCGCCUGGGGUGCUGAUGGCUCUUGGAGCUAUCGUACUCCUCUUUCCUGUCGCCCUGUUCACAUCUCGACUGAUGCCCUUCGGAGAACAUUCGGAUGGAGAGAGGACUCGCAAGGCAUUAGAGGGCUUCAGAAUGCUCAUGGUCAUGUUGCCGGUGCUGCUGGGAGCAUUGGCCAUGAACUUAGCGCUGGCAUUUGUCAUUGUUCAGUCGGAGCUUGUGGAUGAUAAGAGUCGUCUGGGAAAGGCGAGGAGGGUUUGGGAAGUUAUCAGUGAGGACUGA